AAUUAAAUUGGGGGGGACUUGAUGAGGACUUUGUGUUUUAAAUGCGUCACAAGUGGUACCCCCAUCAUCUCCGAAUAAUAAUCCAAAGUCCCCUUUGUGACAUUUGUACCAACAGUACAGACUCCGACUUUACCGAUAUUAUUUCACCGAAAAUGUCUCAUUGGGAGGAAUUUUACGCGACACAUUUACCCCCGACUGACUUUGAAGACAACCGAAUCCUCCUGAAAGAGUUCUGUGAGCGUCACAAAAAAGCCGGUGAACGUAUCGUCCUAAUAACGUCAGGGGGCACUACCGUGCCCCUGGAGCACAACACAGUCCGUUUUGUGGAUAAUUUCAGUGCGGGGACACGUGGGGCUGCCUCAGCUGAGUAUUUCCUCGAGCAUGGCUACGUUGUGAUCUUCAUGCAUCGUGUCAAGUCUUUGGAGCCCUAUACGAGACACUUCACCGGUCAGAAAUUCAUGGAUAUGUUGGAGUUGCACGACCAGGGCCCCAAUACCAGUAUCACAGUCAAACCGGACAGUGUGGACGUUUUAGCCCCCGUUUUGGCCAGUUACAAACAGGCGCAAGAAGGGGGCAGAGUCCUAUUUGUGACGUUUACAACCGUGUCGGAUUAUUUCUGGCUUCUGAGGGCUGCAUGUGAAUGUUUGGCGAUUUUUGAGACUAAAGCAGUUUUAUUUCUCGCAGCUGCGGUGUCUGAUUUUUAUGUUCCUUCAAAUGAAAUGCCGACUCAUAAGAUCCAGUCAGGGGCAGGAGCCCCCACGAUUCAGUUACAACUAGUUCCGAAAUUGUUAGCCCCACUUGUUAAUUUAUGGGUGCCCCAUGCGUUUGUUGUCUCAUUUAAACUGGAAACCGAUGAAAGUAUUUUAAUUGUGAAAGCUCGAGACUCACUAAAUAAAUACAAACAUAAACUUGUCAUUGGAAAUAUGUUACAAACUCGUCGCCAAAAAGUCGUUUUUGUCACCAAAGACACCAGUUUUGAAGUGUCUCUAACACGUGAACAAAUGCUCAACGGUAUGGAAAUUGAAGACUCGAUUGUUUCAAAUGUUAUCAACAGUCACACUGAAUUCCUAAAAAAGCGUCAGUAUUAAAAAGAUGGGGGCUAUUUAUUCGAAAUCAGGGUAACUAACCUUAAAACAAUCCUAGUAGUUUUAAGGGGGCUAAAUAUGUCACAGUUGUGCCCAUACAAGCCACAACACUGUCUUUACGACCAUUUUUUUACAUAUCUUUGAGGUUAUGUUUGUUAGUUUGAGGUUAGGUAACUUUAAGGAAUUGGUGCUUUAGAGGGCCACUUUGUGGUCAAUUUUAUUUAUUUUAACUAGUCGGGGGAGCCCCCGCUCCCUGGUGAGGUUUGUGUACGAAAAAAAGGACUAAUGGGUAAAAGUGUGUUUUUCAAUAGGUGAGGUUAUGUAAUUUUUAGACGUAAAAACUGCCUUAAUUUUAAUUUUUCUUAAGAAAUAGGGGCUACUAAAUGCCCAAUUGUUUCAAUGUGAGACAUUUUCAUUCCUGUUUUUCACUUUUUAAUGAUUUCAAAAGUGAGGUUAUAAAGUAAUUUUCAUUUUUGGUUAGAAUGGGGGGCUUCAAAAUGAAGGUUAUGUUAUGGGGGCUCCCGUGUUUUGUUAGUAGUGGCCAAACGUUGUAACUGUUGUUGUAAUAAGUGUAAAAAUGUGCCAGUAACGCUAUCAUUGUACAGAUAAAUGUUUAUAUACCAAUUUUUAUUUUUAUACAUUCAUCUACUUUUGAAAAGAUUGUUUUUGUUAGUAGGGGGGCACAAUUGAUUGUCACAAUUUUGUAAAAAGUGUCUAAAUAAAUGUUUUUAUUAAAGUGUU